AGAGGAAUAUUGAAGUUGGAGCCACGGCAGAGGUCUAUAGUUGAUACUAAAUUAGAAUUGACACCCCAGGGUUCUUAUGACCGGCCGCCGUCGUCUCCUCAGCCGUCCGUAGACCGUUUGUCUGUGACGUGGGCUGACCCUGGCAGUAUGACGUCUUCUGGAGUCAACCUCUCCCACUUGCCUUCUGAAAUACCUGCUAAUAAUGAAGUCAAGUUUUCUCCAUCCACGGGAGAUGGUUCUGAAGACGAAGAUUAUUCAGCAAGCCUCAGUGCCGUGCUACGUCAUCGUAGGGCAAGCGUACGGCGCUCGCGUAAAGGGCGAGCUAGAAGACCUUCUUCCCCAUUCUUGGCUGACGAGACGCGUUCCAGGCGACGCUCCUCUGUAUUCACUACUAGUUCUGGCGAUACAGCAAUAUCUAUCGAUGAUCAACCAAUAGUGACACAGGAACAAAUAUUUGAAAAUAUUCACCUUCAUAAAGAGGUACUAGGAUCUGUAAAACAGCAACCGCUUGGUAUGAGAAGAAAAUUAAAAAUUGUUCAUCAGGCCAAAGGUUAUAUUAAACGUCAUGAAGGGCAACUACAAGAAAGACUUGCGCAAUCUAAAAGUACGAGAGAUAUUUACGCAAGAUUUAAUAUUUUGUUAGCAACGAAAUGGCAACAACUAAAACGAGAAGCAGCUAACACCUCCAAUUUGUUAAUACCCUGGGAGUUAAGAAUCAAAGAAAUUGAAUCACACUUUGGCUCGGUUGUAGCUUCAUAUUUUACUUUUCUUAGGUGGUUAUUUUGGGUCAACUUGGUAAUUGGAUUCGUACUUCUGGUGUUUGUUAUAAUUCCUGAGUACCUGACAGAGAAUCCUACACAAGAUGGUGAGAGAAAAAUUAUAAUGGAAGAUGAACGCCGAAAUGCGACAAACCUUCUGACACUUUGGGAAUUCGAAGGUGCACUCAAAUAUUCUGCUAUCUUCUACGGGUAUUACAGCAACGUCGAACGGCCGGAGUACAGAAUGCCUCUUGCAUACUUUCUAACAGGAUUAGUCGUAUAUGUUUAUAGCUUUGUCGCCAUACUGAGGAAGAUGGCAGAAAAUUCACGUAUGUCCAAACUUUCGGAAAAAGAAGAUGAAUGUAUUUUUUCGUGGAAACUUUUUACUGGUUGGGACUUUAUGAUUGGUAAUGCUGAAACAGCACAUAACCGCAUAGCAUCUGUUAUUUUAGGAUUUAAAGAAGCAUUACUGGAAGAAGCAGAGAAGAAGAAAAAUUUGAGGAACUGGCGUAUACUGUCUUUGCGAGGUGUAGUCAAUGUUUGUGUUCUCGUUUUACUUGCUGUAUCGGCUUAUGCAGUUGUAACAGUUGUAUCGCGGUCGGACGACGGUGACAGUUCUAAAACUAGAAUCUGGUGGCGCGAGAACGAAACAACUAUUGUGGUUACUGUGAUUUCAAUAACAUUUCCUGUUUUCUUUGAACUUCUUGGAUUUCUAGAACAUUAUCAUCCUAGAAAGCAACUAAGAUUACAACUUGCUAGAAUUAUGUUGUUAAAUCUGCUCAACUUAUAUUCACUCAUAUUUGCUUUGUUCAGUAAAAUUGAAGGCAUGAGUAAAGAGUUAGUUUCGUUACAGCCCGAUUUAAAUAUGAGCACUACCGAUUUUACUUUUGCUACACAUCAUGAUAUCAAAGUUUCUUCAGCGAAGAGUUUACCCACUUCUUGUAUAGAAACUAUUGUCCCUUGCUUACCAUGUGAAAUGCUCACCAUGCCAAUUCAAAUGUCUCAACAUACAUUUUACCAAAUAACUGAAAAGCAGCCAACUUCCAUUCCUAUAAGCAAUACAGCAGAAUCUACUGGCACUUUAUUUACAAAUGGUAAAUUUAAAAAAAGCAAUAGAAGAAGAAAUGUUAUAUAUGAAUCAAAUCCCGAAAACAUAAAAGAGUAUACAAACAAUACUGAUGAAGCAUUUUUAAAAGAAAUUAUAAAAAUUAGAAACUUAAGCAUGUCGUCGGCAAAUGAGGAAUACGUCGAUGUUAGAACCGAAGCAAAUGAUAGUGAAACAUAUGAUAUUAAUUACGAUAUAUUCUCAUCAACGAAUCUAGAAUCAACAUUACAAUCAAAUAUAAAUUAUGAAUCAAGUGAUUAUACGUCCAAUUUUCCUUACUCUUCUACUAAUAUUGUAACAGAACUAGAGAAAAGUCUAUUUUCUAGCACUGAAUAUAGCAGAAGUAGUAGUACAGAUUAUUCUACAGUAGUCGAAACUGGUCGAACAUCAACCCAAAGCUCCCCUGAUUCAGAUGUCAUUGUUUUUACAACAAAUAGAAAUUCACCUCAGACCGAUUACACAGAACCAGUCACUAGCAACAAAUUAGGUUUCAUAGAUACCAGUACAAUUAAUAAAGAAUCAGAUAAAAGUACAUCCACACAAACGAAUUUUCUUAAUUCAUUUGACUUUUCAACUGAAACAAGCUUUUCUAAUAUGCCUCUUGAAGAAAUAAGUAAAUCUUCAUACAAACCAAGUUUGUCAGAAGGAGCGUCAAUUUGUCCAGAUUUAUCAUUUAACUGUUCUAUAAAUUGUGAUAAUAAAAAUAUAACUCAAACAUUUUACAUGUCGAAUUGUAAAAUUGUGCUAAUUCGAUGCUACGUAAAACAAUGCAAACCCUUACACGUUGAUUUGAACGAUUUGAACCGAAAUCAAACAAAUGUUACAAUCAGAGAUACUGUCUAUCAAGAUAAAUAUAAAAGAAAAAUGUAUAACUUAACGAAAGCUACAAGAAAAAAACUACUUAAGCUAUGUUGGGAAACCAUGUUUGGCCAAGAAUUGGUCAAGUUAACAAUGAUGGAUCUAGUGUUCGUUUUACUAGGUACGUUAUUUAUGGAUUUCUUCCGAGCAUUAUUUGUAAGAUACAUGAAUAAAUGUUGGUGUUGGGAUCUAGAAAAGAAGUGCCCAGAAUAUGGAGACUUUAAGAUAGCAGAAAAUAUUUUACACCUCAUUAAUAACCAAGGAAUGAUACAACUUAGAAGAGAGCGGACAGAAGAGAGAAGGAAAAUGUUUCAAUUAGCAGAUACACGAAGACGAGGUGGUUCAUCCUCUAUAGACAAUACGCCUUUUGCCAGAUGGAAAAAAGCUUUGCCAACCCUACCUAUAAGCAAAUCAAUAGAUUCAGAUGACCGUAAAACGGCAAUGGACGAAAACAGGGAAUCUAAGACAGUAAAAAAGAAAGGUGGAAUACUGGCAAAAAUUGUUGGCACAAUGAUAGAUCGAAAAUCUAAUGGAGAUAAUAUUCACGAUAUAACGUGCUCACAUAAUAUAGAUGAAGAAACUGAUACUGACUUUCAUGAAUCUUUACCAAAAGAAGUUUUGAAAAUAAAAGAUAUAACAAUCUCUAAAAUUCCUGAAUUUAAAAAGAAAUCAGGUGUAGAAUUUGUAACUGAUAAUAAUAUGAAGCUUAAAUACGAAGAUAACAAGCAAUGUAUCAAAUCAGAAUAUCCAGAUACAAAUGGUGCGCUACAAGAAGAUGCAAUAGGAAAGUGUAGUAAAGCUACCGCUAACGAAGACACAAACAAUGGCAACAUUAUCGAUGAAAAAAAUAAUGAUAAAAAAUUUAAACAAAAACAAGAUUCAACAUCAAGUAGCCUUUCAAAGCAAACUGAUUCAAUUGGAUCCGUAAUACCAGUAAUUACAAUCAGUACCACGGAGAGCGAUGACGAAGUAUUGCAAACCAUAGAUAAUGAAAAGACCGACGAAGAGGGGAAAGAAGACAAAAAAGAAGAACAUGAUGAGAAGAACAAUAAACACGAUAAUGCUACAGUAGGCCUUAAAAGAAAUAGAAAUUGUUCAGACUUAAAAUCCCUUCAACGACAAAGUAGUGUUGACAGUAUAAAUGAAAACAAAAGUCCCAAAGAAAGUAAAUUUGACGAAUCUGGUCACAAUUAUCAAUAUUCUUUAUAA